AUGCUAUUCGACGUUGCUGCGGCAAUUCCCGCAGUGUAUUACACUGCGAUUUGCUCCCUGGACCACAUAGCACAUUUCAAACAAGGAGAGUCUAUUCUCAUCCAUGCUGGUGCUGGAGGAGUUGGACAGGCAGCUAUCCAGCUCACCAAGAUCCGAGGGGCUAAGGUCUUUGUCACGGUUGGGAACGAAAGUAAACGACAACUUUUGAAAGAGACUUACAGACUUACCGAUAGCCAAAUCUUCUACAGUCGCAACAAUACCUUUGCCGAGGACAUUCGAAACGCCACCGAUGGACGCGGAGUGGAUGUCGUGCUCAACUCUCUUGCCGGAGAAUUGCUCAAAGAGACUUGGGACUGCAUUGCCCCCUUUGGGCGGUUCGUCGACAUCGGUAAGGCAGACAUUAUUGCGAACAAUGUGCUUCCAAUGGGGCCAUUUGAUUGCAAUGUGACUUUCUCAGCGGUUGAUUUGGUCGUUGUCCACGAGCAAGCCAAACCUCUGAUGAAGACUAUAAUGCAAGACGUACUUCGACUGUUCGAGAAGCAUCCGCACCUUCACGAGCCGAAGCCUCUUCAUAUAUUUGCACCAUCCAGGAUUGAAGAGGCGAUGCGAUACUUGCAGGGCGGCAAGAAUACGGCUUCAGCAAUCUGGCAACGUACAUCAUCAGCGGUGGGCUGGGUGGCUUGGGCCGUGAGAUCGUACGCUGGAUGGUUGGCCGUGGCGCCAGGAACUUCUUACUACUUACUUUUUCUUGGGACAGAGGGGAAGCCUAACGCCCUCAAGUUCAUCAAGGAGAUCGAAGACAUGGGUGUAAAGGUAACGGCACCGGCUUGCGAUAUCACGAACAUGAAGCUGUUGGAGAACACUUUGCAACAGGCGUCGAAGGAAAUGCCGCCUAUCAAAGUUUGUAUACAAGCUGCCAUGGCUCUUCGGAACCUUCACGAGCUACUUCCGGCCGACAUGGAUUUCUUCAUCCUUCUUUCUUCCUUCUGUGAAAUUGACGGCAAUCUCGGCCAGUGCAAUUACUCCGCAGGUAAUACUUUCGAGGAUGCUCUUGCACGAUACCUUGCGUCAAAGGGCCAAAAAGCCGUCUCAGUGGAUCUAGCUCUCAUUGCGGAAGCAGGUUGGGCGAACCAGAAUUACAGGGUUGUGACAGAAAGCCUGCGUGCUGGUCACGGUGGCGUCAAGCAGGAGCAGCUGAUGGCCAUGCUCGAUGCACUCUUUAGUCCCGAGGAGCUAUAUCGAAUAACGCAGGAUGAUCGACUUGCGUGGAUGACCAAACCACUCUUCAACAACCUUCUACGAAUCGGCGAGGCGAGGCUGGAUACACACGCAACUGUUGAUAAGAACGAAGAUGGAUUUGUGGACUAUCUCGCGCUUGUGAAAGCGGCAGCGACCUUGGAGGAAGCAGGAGAGGUUGUAGUGCAGGGCUUAGUACAGAAGCUCGCGAAGUCUCUCUCACUUCCACCGGAAAACCUCGAUGUCGAGAAGCCAGCAUUUGUCCUUGGCGUGGAUUCUCUCAUUGCCGUCGAGGUCAGGUAUUGGUUCAUGAAACGACUUCGUGUGAAAGUUGCCGUGUUCAACAUCAUGAAGAAACAGCCUUGUUGA